AUGGCAUCCACUUUACAGGUUUCGUCACGAAAGUGUAAGAACUGUGGUUCGACGGAUUUUGUCCGUGAUAUUAGUAAUACUACUAAUGAAUUGAUCUGUAAAGUAUGUGGUUUAGUCACUGAAGAGAACUCUAUCGUGUCUGAAGUCACGUUCGGUGAGGCUAGUAAUGGUGCAGCUGUCAUUCAGGGUGCUUUUGUCAGUGCGAAUCAGGCACAUCCAACGUUUAUGUCACAUUCCGGUCAGAAUGCUUUGAUGUCCAGAGAAACUACUUUGAACAACGCUAGGCGGAAGUUGAAAGCUGUCUCCUAUGCGUUAAAUAUUCCCGAAUAUGUUACUGAUGCUGCUUUCCAAUGGUAUAGAUUGGCUUUGAGUAAUAAUUUUGUUCAAGGUAGGAAAUCACAAAAUGUGAUUGCCGCUUGUUUGUACAUCGCAUGUCGUAAAGAACGUACUCAUCACAUGCUUAUUGACUUUUCAUCAAGGUUACAAGUGAGUGUUUAUUCUAUUGGUGCCACAUUUUUGAAGCUAGCGAAGAAGUUACAAAUAGUUAAGUUACCUCUAGCUGACCCAUCUUUGUUCAUUCAACAUUUCGCGGAGAAAUUGGAGCUUGGUGAUAAAAAGAUUAAAGUGAUAAGGGACGCUGUGAAACUGGCACAAACUAUGUCCAGAGAUUGGAUGUAUGAAGGGAGAAGACCAGCUGGUAUCGCAGGUGCAUGUCUCUUACUUGCCUGUAGAAUGAACAAUUUGAGAAGAACGCAUUCUGAAAUCGUGGCAAUAUCUCAUGUUGCAGAGGAAACGCUUCAGCAAAGAUUGAAUGAGUUUAAGAAUACAACAUCAGCUAAGCUCUCCGUGAAAGAGUUCCGUGAUGAUGAAACUGAGGUAAAUGAGGGUGAGAGAAGUGCCGAAUCGAAACCUCCUAGUUUCGAUAAGAACAGACUAAAGGAAAAGAAAAUAAAAGAUUCUUUGGAUACUAAAGAGAUGUUGGAGACAAGCGAGGAAGCCGUGUCAAGAAAUCCAAUUUUGACUCAAGUGCUCGGAGCGCAGGAACUAUCGUCUAAAGAAGUCCUUUAUUAUUUGAAGAAGCUUUCUGAACGCAGAAAAGCUGAAUUCAGUCGUAUAAAAGCUACGCAUGGAAUCGAUGGAGAAGACUUACACAAAACUGAGAAAGACAAGAAACGUUCCCUGGAUGAAAUUGAUGGAUAUAGUCUUGAAAAGGAUCCAUAUAGACCAAGAAAUUUACAUUUAUUACCCACCACAGCUUCUCUGCUUUCAAAAGUCAGCGAUCAUCCUGAAAAUUUGGAUGAUGUUGAUGAUGCAGAAUUGGAUUCUCACUUGUUAGAUGAAGAAGCUUCCAAAUUGAAAGAACGUAUUUGGAUUGAUAUCAACGGUGAUUACUUGAUUGAACAAGAAUCAAAAAGACUCAAACAGGAAGCAGAUUUGGCCAGUGGGAAUACUUCGCUACGAAAAAAACGCAGCAAACGUACUAAUAGAAACCAAUCCAGUGCAAGCAUCGUCAAAGUUCAAGUCGACGGACUACCGCUUGAUGUUUCCGUGGAUGACGCUGAUGCUGUAGAUGUUGUCGCAGCUGGAGGUGUCAAGAAUCUAUUACAAAAGACGACUUUCUCAAAGAAGAUCAAUUACGAUGCUAUUAACGGUCUCUUUGGACAAAAAUAG